AUGGCAGAGGCACCUUCAGAAAUCCCGGAAGCUUCUUCAGAAAUCCCGGACGCUUCUUCAGAAAUCCCGGAAGCUUCUUCAGAAAUCCCGGAAGCUUCUUCAGAAAUCUCAGACGCUUCUUCCGAAAUUCCGGACGCUUCCCCUCAUGACGUGUCAGCUGAUAUAGAGACCCCUUCCAGCCGUCCUCUGUGUGAGGAUACAGGUCAGGGGGACUCAGACUUGUGGGCUAUCAUCGAGGAGAGUGCGUUUCAGGUCCUGGCUCAGCGGUUCUUGAUAAAGAGGCCGCCCCAUACCCUCUGUGCCUCCGAGCCGGAUGAAGACAGUAAUUUAUUCUCAAUGACCUUUCCCAGAAAACUUUGGAAAAUAGUGGGGAGUGAUAAAUUUAAAUCUAUUUGGUGGGAUGAGGCCGGGACUUACAUAGUCAUCAAUGAAGAACUCUUCAAAAGGGAAGUGUUGGAGAGAAAAGCCCCCUUCAGAAUAUUUGAAACUGAUAGCAUGAAGAGUUUGGUCCGGCAGCUGAAUCUGUACGGAUUUAGGAAAAUGAGGCAGAAUUUCCAGAGAUCUGCAUCCCUCCCUGACUUCCUGGCUGAAGAAAAAGGAGUCUCUCCCUCAUGUAAGUUACAGUUCUAUCAGAAUCCAAACUUUUUGCGUGACUGUCCCCAUCUUAUAGAGAGAAUGAAAAGGAGAAUUGGGAUAAAGACUGCUUCCCGGGGGGCGGCCCCACCACUUCCGGAUUUUAAGAACAAACAUUUCAGUCCAGACUUGGACAACAUGGAUGACCACAGUUUGGGUGUAGCUGUUCAAACCAGCGAGAGCAAUCUCCUGUCCAGGUCCAGCAUUUCAAACGUCUAUCUGAGACAGAAGCCUUUUACUGCCCAGGGAGAUUCCGAUACAAUGGACGGAAUCAGAAGGGAUUUUUCUCUGGCGACAUCGAGCUCCUAUAGACCCCCUGAAGAAAUUCUAACGCAUCGCCCUGCUCCCAUAAAUGAGGUGUCCCCUCUCCACAUGGACUCGCAGAGAAUCUACGCCCCAGCAAACGACAACACGGUGAAUUUCAUUAUAACCUCGAUUACUCAAAACCACAGGGAUGUGCCUCACUUGUGGAAGAGCUGUGUUGAAAAACAGGCAGAGCCUUCUCCUUUUCAACCCGGGUUCCGUCACUUUUCAUCCAGCUCGCCUACGUACUCUGACUCAAAACCACGCGGUGAACCCAAGUUACCAACGUACAAGGAAAGGGUAGCAUCCAGUACCUUGGCGUCAACAUCAAAUCAUCACCCAUCUUCAUGA